AUGACCCAUUCGGGGGAAACGGAACCGAAUGAAAAAGUCAACGAUGUGGAGAAGAGACCGGCACUCAGUCCAACACUAAGAAAAGAUCAAUGCAAAGUUUAUCGGCUUGUCCUGACUGGUGGACCUUGUGGAGGAAAGACAACUGGAAUGGUGCGUGUUGCGAGUUUCUUUGAAGAACUUGGUUGGAAAGUCUUUACUGUACCCGAGUGUGCAACAAUUUUACUUGGAGGAGGUGUGAAAUUUUCCGAGCUCAACGAAACGCAAGCAUAUCAAUUCCAAAAAGACGUGCUACUCACCUUGCUGCGGAUUGAAGAGGUCUUUUUCACGCAAGCAUCGUUAAUAACUAACAAAAAUGUGCUUGUUAUUUGUGAUCGAGGAGCCAUGGAUCCAUCGGCGUACAUUGAUAAACUAGGAUGGCUAAAGAUGUUAGAUGAACUGGGACUCGAUGAAACGUAUCUUCGCGAUAAUCGAUACGAUCAGAUAAUACACAUGGUGACAGCCGCCGAUGGAGCAGAAUCAUUCUACAGUCUCGCAAACAACAACACACGAAAAGAAGGAAUUGAAGAUGCCAAAAAGGUCGAUUGGCAGACAAGACUUGCAUGGAUUGGUCACCCUUCACUGUUUUUAAUCGACAACUCGGAGUGCGCAAGUUUUGAGGACAAAAUUAGAAAAUUGUUGCAAGUCGUUUGUGAUCGAGCCGGCGUUUACACCUAUGAACGCCUUGCUAAAAAUAGCAGAAAACGAAAGUGGCUUCUGGCGGGCAUAGACGAAACACAAUUUCCGAAGUACGAGGAGUUUCAAAUGAAACAUGAUUAUCUACUUCCUGACGACGGAAAUCAAUUACGCAUUCGUUCACGAGGUCAGAGAGACAAGAUGACCUAUUCGCUGACAUCUCGAAAUAUUAUGGAGGGCGAAGCUGUUGAGACGAGGAUGAAACUUACAAAGAGAGAGUAUGAAUCAUACCUCAAUAUGAAAGAUCGUUCUAGAACAACAAUUCACAAGGUUCGUCGGUGCUUUGCUUGGGGAAACCAUUUUUAUUCGUUGGAUCGCUUCGUUUUGCCUUUGCCUCCAAAUUGUCCAAAAGAAGGACUUUUGAUGCUUGAAACUUACACGACCUUUCCGAAAGGCUCUGCAGAUCCGAUACUCCCGCCGUUUCUUCAAGUUGUCCGAGAAGUCACAAAGGAAAAGGAGUAUUCAAUGCACGAGCUCUCUAAAAAUAAG